ACAGGUGCAAUAUCUUGUUCCAUACCUUCAAAUACCAGGCUGUAAACACUUUAUAUAUGGCUGCAAAUCCCCAGGGCAGAACCUCUCGUUCCUUAUCUAUUCCAUGCUCUCAAUACACAAACACAAAUGGGACAAAUCCUGGACAAAUUCAAAGGAAAAGAGUGGAGGCAAAAGCAAGUAAAGAAGAUCUCCGACAAGUUCUUCGACUGUUUAGAGACUGAAACUGGAAAACCUAGUCCAACAUUCGAGGACCUCUACAUUGCCGUGUUGCUGACAUUCAAUGAACUCAACAAGCGGUUGCCAGGGCCGCAUGUCGACCCCCCGACAAAAGAGAGAGUGAGGGAUCUGAUGAGGGAAUGCGACAUGAACCUUGAUCAGGAACUGGACAGGGAGGAGUUUGAGAGGUUUAUGACAGAGUUGACGGCGGAAACGCUUGUGGUUGUGAGUCAGGGGCUGAUUAUUAGUAUGGCUGUGGCGCCUGCUGUUGCGUUGCUUACGAAGAGAGCGACGGAAGGGCUGCCGCAUGUGGGGAAAGUGGUGCGGAGAAUUCCGAGUUCGGUGUAUGCUUCGCUUGUCACGCUUGCGGUUGUGAUGUUCCAGAAAUCGAUGCGCUCGGUUGAAUGAAGAUUUUCAAGAUUUUCUCAGCAUUUUUUACGUAUUGAAAUGUUUGCGCACAAUUAGAGAAUUGUUGUACCUCUUAUACGUAGUAGGCUAGUAGCUGGUGUGUUUUAUUUCUACCAUGUAGAAAUGGCGGCAGAUAUGUAUAACUUAUAUGACUUGUAUACAAAUUAAUUCCAGAUA